UCAGGCCCCGAGGGAGCGGACGGUGCUCAGAAGGCGCUCCUCAGGCUUGGCCUUUCAGGCGCGCGUAACCCGAGGCCAUGGUGACCGACUUCGACGAGAAGCACGACGAGCACUUGGUGCUGCUGCAGCAGAGAAACAGGAUCCUGAAGGCCCUGGAGAGGAAGGACCCUCUGCAGCUCCGGCUGAAGCAGCUGGAGCAGGGCUUCACUUUGUACGUGAACGGCGCCAACUCGGAGGCGAGCCGCAGCCGCAAAGUCAGCCCUCCGGCCCUUCUCGGGAGCGGCGGCGCGCGAACCCCCAGAGCGAACCCUGUGAGUACCAAAGACCUGUUAAAACAAGGAGAGGAGCGAGAGAGGACCACCCAAAGUGCACCUAGUAAAAUCCAACGUCGGGAAUGGCUCCAGAAAGCUGUGCAGAUCAAGACAGAAACUGGAUCUAGGCUCUGCAUUGCUCCCCCUUGUGAGUAUUCCGAGGAUUUUGAAUCUGAGGAAAGUUUAGAUCUGCAGACAACUGACUGUGAAGAGAAUGAUACUUUCCAGGAACUCCGGCAGAGCUUGGAGGUUGCCAGGACCCGAAACAAGGUGAAAGGAGAAUGUUCCGAGGAUUCUGACUCCAUCGAGGAGGAAGUUCCCACUGAAGUUUCUGAAAAGAAAGAACCCGCUGAAAGUCUGGGAGAGGGCCCUGAGCUGCUCCUUGGCAAAGCAGCACCUCUCUCCCCUCUGCCUGGUUCAGACUCUGCUCCAGCUGCUGAGCCUCUUGUGUUGGAGUUCAAGCCAACUUGCCCAGGCGUUAAGAAGGAGCAAAGUCUCUCUGCAAAAAGGAAGGGCACUGCUGAAACCUACCUGCCCAUCAAGCCCAUGCGCCCGGCAACUGCAGGUCUUCGGUGCCUGGAAGAACAGGAAGGAACCGCCUCUAGACCAAUAAGCCGAUCAGAAAGACCACUCUCAGCUGUUCGGAAAAAUGUGUGCGAGAAGAAGGAUCCAGCACAUGCUGCUUUCGUUGUCCUCAAAGCUAUGCAAGCAGAAAAUGAGACGCUACAAAAGGAGCUGCUCUGUAGGCAGCUGGAGGUUUCUGAAGAGUCACUGCUGGUUUCUGGUUCUGCAACAGUGGCCUUUCCUCCAAAACAGCAGGAGGAUGCAGUUGUCACCACAGCUCUGGAACAGACUGGACUUCUGGAAAACAGGCAACAGAAGAAACUUUUCAAAGCUCUGCAAAAGACCGAGGCUCUGUCCGUCUGCCAUAGCUUUGCACCUUUGGGCUUUGGACAGCUACAGCUUCCUGCUCUGGACCAUGUGGGAUUGGAAAAGGAGGUCCGGGAUGCCAUCUAUAUUACUAUAGAGAUCCUCUCCAACUGGGGAGACAUGUCUCGUGUGGGUCUGACAGAAGUGGAAUUCUUUGAUUUGAAUUUUGAGAGAAUGUUUGUGUCACCUCACGAUGUGGACAUCCGACAUGCAGAUCCACCUGGAGAGCUGAGCUGCUUAGUUAACCGAAGCACAAAUGUCCCCAGAGAGCUGCUCCCCUGGUCAUGCCUUUUCCAGCCUCCAGUGCAGCUGUACUUCAUUGUCCGAAACCCCAGCCUCUCUGGAGACUUUGGCCUAUCCAGAAUCAGGAUCUGGAACUACAGCUCGACUGUUCGUGAUGAUCUGAAUAUUGGAGCGAGAAAUAUUAUUGUAUAUGUUGAUGGGUGUCUAAUCUUUGCUGGGGAACUGCAGAAGGGCCGCUUGGCUCAUGAUUCUGAUGGCAAUGGCUGCACUUCCAUUGAUCUCCCAACGAACCUUCCCCUUCCUCUGAAGGGAAAGAUAGACAAGAAUUGGGCUUCUGCAGAUCCGAGAGAGGAGCUUGACAAGCUGCUGCUGUUCAAUUGGAAGCCCUCCAUAAAAGAAAACUGCCUUGAGGAAAAAGAGAGAACCGGCGAUUCUGAUCUCCAGCCCAACCCAAACAGAAGCAGCCUCGCCUCACUGGAGACUGCAAGGUGUGUCUCCCCUGAGGAUGACAGUUCCCUGAGUGAGAAAACAGAAGAAUAUUCUCAACCAGCCAGUUUUACUUCCCCUGGUAUUCUGACCUCUCCUGAGACAAAGGGGGAGAUGCAGGUUAGCUGUGGAAAGCAAAAACUGCCUCUUUUGGGAUUACAAGUCCAUCUGCCUUCAGAGAGCAUCAAGAGAGGCUGUCUAAGAAGAUCUGAUGGGGGUCCCCAUCUCUCUUCAACUGAGGAACAGCAACCCAGCAGUGAGGCCCCAAAGGCAGGUGAGAGACCCUCAGAGGAGACCCCAGAGUCCAUCCCUGACCUGGAUUUCUUGAAACCACUUCUUUAUAAACACAGUGGUCCAACUGAGAUGCUUCCCCCUGAUCAAGAUCUCAGAGAGAAGGAAGAAUUCAGCCACCCCUUCUAUGCAGAGAAAGCUGCCUUUGACAAAGGUGCCUCCCCUACAUCAUCUGAUACUAAUUUCUCCCUUGCAGAGGAGCCCUUCCUGGCCAAGGGCAGCGCGAGGCCCUCAAGAGCCAAGUGGGGCACCUCUCAGGAGUCCCUGCUUCAGGAAUCUUGGAAUUCAUUAUUGAAAUUCAAUCAUUCACAUCGUGGUCGAAUCUCCAAUAUGGAUUUCCAAGGGGACAUUUUUGAUGAGUUUCUCCAUCAGCAGAAAAUUAGCCGACAAGAAGGUCAGAAGCUCAGAAUAAAGGACCAGACAUGGGGGCUCGCAAUGCAGAAGAAGGCUGACAGCUGCUUAGACCUGGAAGAUGAGAGCGAAUUUAAAAUCCCUGUCUUACCUCACGGUCAGCACUUAAACAUUGACAUCAGGUCAACCUGGGGAGACAGACACUAUGUUGGUCUGAAUGGGCUUGAGCUGUUUAGCUCAAAAGGUGAGCCCAUCCAGAUUGUAAAAAUCACAGCCAGCCCACCCGAUAUCAACAUCUUGCCUGCGUAUGGCAAGGACCCCCGGAUUGUAACUAAUCUGCUGGAUGGAGUGAACCGGACACAGGAUGACAUGCACCUCUGGCUGGCUCCCUUCACUCCAGGAAAGUCUCACUGUGUUUGCCUGGACUUUGCAAAGCCAUGCGAGGUAGCCAUGAUUCGCAUCUGGAAUUACAACAAGUCUCGUAUCCAUUCCUUUCGGGGGGUGAAGGACCUCUCCAUUCUCCUGGAUGAGCGCUGCAUUUUCCAAGGAGAAAUUGCCAAGGCUUCAGGGACACUAGUUGGAGGUCCAGAGCAAUUUGGAGACACCAUCCUGUUCACAACUGAUGAGGACAUUCUUGAGGCCAUUUACUGUUACGAUGAGUCCUGCGAGGAGGAAAUUGAAAGCAGGUGCAGCUUGGGCUACGAGGAAGAGCUGAAGAGGCCAAGAACAGCUGAUGGAGAAGGGGAUGAGAGGCCCUUUACUCAGGCGGGUUCCAGGACAGAAGACAAGCCGGAGCAAAUUGUAGGGUCAGAUUCCCUCUCCGAGGUCGUGACAAGCAGAGAACCCGGAGUCUACCCUGGAAAAUGCCUGCUGCUGAAUUUCACUGCUUCUUGGGGAGAUUCACAUUACCUUGGACUGACAGGGCUUGAAGUGGUUGGAAAGGAUGGCCAAGCAAUCCCAUUCUCUGUGGAUCAGCUCUCUGCUUCUCCUCAGGAUCUCAAUGAUCUUGUGGAGUAUGUGGACGAUUCAAGGACCUUAGAUAAAUUGAUUGAUGGAAAAAACAUCACUAUGGAAGAUAACCACAUGUGGCUCAUUCCCUUUUGCCCUGGAGAAGAUCACCUAGUAACCAUCCAUUUCACCCAAGUAGAAAAUAUUGCAGGGCUUCGCAUCUGGAAUUACAACAAAUCUCCUGAGGACACCUAUCGCGGGGCAAAGAUGGUCCAUGUGUGGUUGGACGGCUGCUGCAUCUCCCCUCCAGGGGGCUUUCUUAUUCGCAAAGGACCAGGCAACUGUCACUUUGACUUUGCUCAAGAGAUCCUCUUCAUCAACUACCUUGUGGGUCCCACAGUUGCUCCGGCACAUGAGCGGACUGAAGUGAAGAAGAGGGAGCAAGGCAGCAUGGAGUACGAAGCACCACUGAUGCCGUGUGGAUUCAUCUUCCAGUUCCAGCUACUCACGAGUUGGGGUGAUCCAUAUUACAUUGGUUUAAAUGGGCUGGAGCUGUAUAAUGAACACGGGGAGAAGAUUCUUUUAAAUCAGAACAACAUUGCAGCUUUUCCAGACAGCGUCAAUGUUCUGGAGGGAGUCUGUGGAGAUAUUCGAACACCAGACAAGCUCAUUGAUGGUGUGAAUCACAGCAAUGACGGAAGGCACAUGUGGCUUGCACCAAUUCUGCCAGGGCUGGUGAAUCGAGUUUACAUUAUCUUUGACUUGCCAACUACCAUUUCCAUGAUCAAGCUCUGGAAUUAUGCAAAAACUCCCCAGCGAGGAGUCAAGGAAUUUGGACUCCUUGUGGAUGAUUUGCUGGUAUACAACGGCAUUCUCGAUCUGGUGAGCCACCUGGUCCCUGGCAUUCUUCCCAUCUGUGAGCCUGUGAUUCCCCAUCACACCUUCCUCUUCACAGAGGAUGAGAAGAUCUGCCGGCAGGAGAGGAACACCAUGGUUAGCAACCAAAUGGAGGACCAGGAUGUACGGCUGAUGAAUGAGAGCCAGCUUAUAUCCUCUUCCAGAAAGAAGCAAAAGGGAGCUGCUGAUCCAGCUCUUCGUCCUAAAACCUGCAUUCAGGAUAAAGGACCAUUGCGGAGAACAAGACAGUGAGGAAAGAACAGAGUGGCCAGCCUUCUACUGCCCAUUUGUUGCCCAAGAGGGGGCAGCCUGUACCACUAGCACCCAGUUUCCAACUGGAAUCAUGAGGGGGAACUCAGGGAGGGAAUGAACUGGCUGUUGGUGCUGCCGAGACUAUCAGAAGCACUUCUGUCACCUGCAGGUUGAUUAUAGUUCUCUUUGCUUCUCCUUCUCACAAGAGGCUUUGGCUGAAGUUGAACAGGCUUGGAUGUGUGCUGUGGAAAGAGGAUAUGCAACAGCCCGCGCUGGUUCACAAGCUGGAGAGGAGUGGAGCUUCCUAACUUCCACAGCCUUAGGGGUGCCUUUGCGGGCUGGGGGGAGAAGGGGUGGGGGGGAGAAAAGAAGGGCCAACACAGGUGCUAUUAAGACAAAGGAGCACACAGCUCCCUUUUCCUCUUGUGCGCGUGCUUCACUGACAUGCACAUAAUGUCUUUUCUCUGCAAUUUCAGAGAAAGUAUCUCAGCAUCGAAACCCGGAGGGGUGCCACCUUCAGCGGCCAGCCCAAAGGCCUUCCUGGGCAAUAGCUACAGUGGCUGAGGGUUGGAGUCGUAGCCAAGUGUGACUAAGAGAAAGAACAGCAGCAACUCCAUGGCCAGGUGCUCAAACACCAUGGGCUGCCCCAUUUCUAAGGUGGAAUGAACAGAGAGGCUUGGUACCUUUCUUGGCAAUUCUUACAGGGUUGGAGGCAUUUCCUGAAACCGAGCCAAAAGGCAGAAAGCAGCCUAGGUCACCUUGAACAAGAAGUGCCUUAUUUAAAAAGUUCCCAGUUGCAGCAUAUUGAUUGCUUGCAAGUACCAGAUUCUCAUGUUGUGGUUACUCUUUACUGUUUGUGGCACAGUAUACACAAAUCCAGAUUAUUUUUUUGUCCCGUUAGCCUAUUAACCACAUUGACGUGCCCACUUGGCUAGCACAAUGGAUGCCCAGGUAGACUGCCAUCUUACUUUGGAAACAGAUGGAAGCCUGGCAGGCCAAUAGCUACAGCAGCUGUGAUCUUUGGGCUUGCUGGCACCAUCACUGUGACCCAUUUUGGUGGCUUGAGCACAGGGUCCAAAAGCUGCUCCUGCAAAGAAUGAGGAUCCAUGCCUUGCCUAUUCAACUGAGUUGGCCCAGCCCUGCUCUUACCCUGGCAACUUUUGUAACUUGUCCUUGGCAGAGCUUUUGCUCAGCCUUCAUAAGCAUUGCCGAGAGAGAAGUAUGAGGGCACCAUUCAAUACACCCCCUCCAAAAAAAGAGAUCUGCACCUGUUUUGAAGGACCCGAGAUUUAUUUUUCCUAGAUAAAUAUUUCUUUGGCGGACAACUUGUCACUGCUUGCAAAAGAGAUGGUGUCUUGCACACAGUGUGUAUUUCAGUUGGUGUUUUCCAUAGUAGGAGCAACUCUGUGGUUUCAGGUUAGGCUCAGAGUAAGGUUGCAGAAGAUGAAGUUAAACCUCAGCUUUUGUUGAUGUGCGUUUUCCCAACAUCACAUGAGAUCAUUCUUGGUCCCUAAACGUUGCUGAAGUAGACUGAAGAGAUUAUGAGUGGUUUUUACUAACAGGGCUUAAAGUAAUUUUAAUAGUCUAGUAAGGGUUAUUUUUUCCCCAUGUGUCCAACAAUAGCAGUACUAAAACUUCUCAGCUGAAACAGAAUCAUGGUUGAGAACAGGAUUGAAAAGAUCCAGUUUUUUGACAAGAUCGAGUGCUUCAUGCUAAGAAUAAAUUCCUGGCUUUGAAACACUA